AUGUUGUUUUUUGAUCUACCAUUUAUAUUGGUUUGUGCCUUACUCACGUCGCUGGUACGUGCGGUUUCUCACAUUACAUCGUCAUCCCUUUUGACAUGUAUGGACAAUUCACAGUUCAGUGCAUCGCACUUUGAAGUUACAUAUUACCCCCAUAACAGUUCAGUGACAUUUGAUAUCACUGCCAUCUCCAGUAUUAACGCUAAUAUAACGGCCAAUGUUGAAGUCAUUGCCUAUGGGUUAAAUAUAUUAACGAAGAACAUUUCAUUGUGUGACUUGAGUUUCGAUACCACGUCGUCGUCAGUUUCUGGACUCUGUCCUUUCACAACGGGGCACAUUGAACUCUCAUCAUCGUAUACGCUUAGUAAAUCUGUCACCUCGCAAAUCCCAGGUAUCACUUUUGGUAUCCCUGAUUUAGAUGCAAGAGUAAGAGUCUUGUUGAUCAACGAUGAUACCGGUGAGUCUUUAGCAUGUGUUGAGGCCAUCUUGAGUAAUGGUAAGACUGUGCAGACCAAGUACGCUGCCUGGCCAAUUGCUGCAAUCUCUGGUUUAGGUGUCAUUACUUCGGGUGUUGUAUCAGUCAUUGGUCACUCCAAUACUGCUGCUCAUAUUGCUUCCAACUCCAUGAGUUUGUUCGUCUACUUCCAAUCGCUUGCUAUUACUUCAAUGAUGGCCGUUGCCUACUGUCCACCAAUUGCGGCAGCUUGGUCUCAAAACUUCCAGUGGUCCGUGGGUAUCAUUAAGUUAGGAUUUAUCCAAAAGAUAGCCAACUGGUACAUGCAGGCUACCGGUGGUACUCCAACUGAUGUACUUGGAUCCACUUAUUUGUCUGUUUCCGUACAAAAGAGAAAACUGAAGAGAGAAUUGACAGCAGAAUUCAUUGGUAACAUCUAUGAAAAACAAUUGAAGAACAACUUCUUGACUGUUUUCGACAAGAGAGCCUCUAUUUCCUUGGACAGUGAUACUUUUGGAUACAGUGACAACUUGAAUUCAACGUUAUACACUACCAACGAAAAGGAUGCCAACGUUUCAAGUAAAAUUUUAGUGUUGAGAGGAAUUCAAAGAGUGGCAUACUUGGCAGGAAUUGAAAUUACCUCGUUAUUUAUGACCACGAUUAUCUUUUUAAUUUUUUUCGGUUUUGUCAUGAUUGUAUUUUUGAUGCUUUUCAAGGCCGUUAUCGAGAUUUUAAUUAGGUCGAAAAUGAUGAACGAAGGGAAAUUCAAUGAGUAUAGACAACAAUGGACCAUCAUUAUUAAGGGGGCUCUUUACAGAUUGCUCUUGAUUUCUUUCCCUCAAGUGGCUGUUUUAUCUAUUUGGGAAUUUACUGAAAGAGAUUCUGGUGGAACCAUUGCAAUUGCUGUCUUCCUCUUACUUGUGAGUGUAAUUUUGUUAUACCAAGCUGCAAUCAGAGUAUUUUUGAUGGGUAGAAAGUCAGUUAAACAAUUUAGAAAUCCAGCAUAUUUACUUUAUGGUGAUGCCAAAUUUUUAAACAGAUUUGGGUUUAUCUAUGUUCAAUUCAGAGCAGAUUGCUACUACUACGUCUUGAUCGCACUUUCCUAUAUCUUCUUAAAGUCACUUUUCGUUGCAGUGUUACAAAAACAUGGUAGACCUCAAUCCGUGCUCAUAUUUGCAGUGGAAUUAUUUUACAUGAUCGGGUUAUGCUGGAAAAAGCCAUACAUGGAUAAGCGUACCAAUGCUUUCAACAUCACAAUCUCCGUGAUUAGUACAUUGAAUGCAUUGUUUUUCAUGUUUUUCUCGUACAUUUUCAAUCAACCACACGUUGUUGGUUCUGUCAUGGCUGUUGUGUACUUCGUGCUUAAUGCAGUAUUUGCAUUGUUUUUGUUAAUUUUCACGAUUGUAACGUGUGUAUUGGCAUUGAUAUACAAGAACCCAGACACAAGAUACCAACCAAUGAAGGACGAUAGAGUUUCGUUUAUUCCAAGGUUUGAUAACCCUAAGGGUGGUGAUAAAUUGAAUCUGCCAGAUGGUAGAGACGAUGGAAUGGAAUUAAUGGCUUUGGGAGCAACUGCCAUGAAGGGACAUGAAAAUGCUCAGUCAAAUAAUAAGAAUUAUGAAGAUGAUUCAAUAUUUGAGGAAGACUCAGUUUAUCGUAACCAUGCUAAUAGGUUCAAUUCCAAUAGUAACUCCGCACUGACCGAUUCAGUCUUGAACAAUCGCGCGGCUGGAGAAAGAGACUCAUAUUAUGAAUCUUAUGAACCAACUGAACCAACAAGCACAAUCACAGGGAACGGAGCCGGAAUGAAUCCAUAUCAAAAUUAUUUAGGGAAUAGGAACAAUCAAUACGCCAAUCAUAAUGUUGCCUUCAAACAUUAG